AUGUCUGCCAUACUCUCCGCAGACGACUUGAAUGAUUUCAUCAACCCGGGGGUGGCGUGCAUCAAGCCCGUCGAGACACUCCCGCAGCAGCAACCGACUGAGAACGCGAAUGCCUACGAGGUCACGACCGAAGAUAAGGUCAACCCAGACACUGCGCCGCCCGCGCAAAUCUCGUUGACGGACUGCCUGGCAUGUUCGGGCUGCGUGACGAGCGCGGAAGCAGUGCUCGUGAGCCUGCAGAGCCAUAGCGAGGUGCUGGAUACGCUGGACAAGCACAAGGAAUUAAGACUGCCAUGGGAAAAGAGUGGACAUGAAAAUGGAAUGGCACACAGCGUGAAUGGUGACGCCAGUGAGGGCAAGAUAUUCGUGGCCAGUGUCUCGCCUCAGACGAGGGCCAGUUUAGCAGCGACAUACAAGGUAUCGGAGCGUGAAGCCGGGUUGAUGAUCGCACAGCUUCUGAGCGGACCAUAUGGCCUUCGUAGCGGUGGCGCGCAUGGUUCCGGCUUCAAAUGGAUCAUUGACACCAAUGUCAUGCGAGAGGCUUGCCUGGUCGCUGCAGCGGAGGAGAUGCAACAGGCACUGGACGCACCUAAGGACGGUCAAAAGAAGCCUGUCCUUACUUCCGCUUGUCCUGGAUGGAUCUGUUACGCGGAGAAGACUCAUCCGCACAUCCUUCCUCACCUCAGCAAGCUCAAGUCUCCGCAAGCGUUGACCGGAACGCUGCUCAAGUCCACUCUGGCCAAGACGUAUGGCAUCGCACCGGAGAAUGUCUGGCAUAUGGCAGUCAUGCCCUGCUUCGACAAGAAACUUGAAGCCUCCCGACGCGAGCUCACGUCCGAGACAUGGCAUGGCCAGGAUAGCGAAGCAAUCCGGGAUGUCGACUGUGUAAUCACUGCCCGCGAACUCCUCAUGCUAGCUGAAAGCCGCAACAUCAGCUUUCCUUGUCUCCCUAAGAAGCCACUCUCCAGACACCAUCGCCCGCGCUUCCCGGAUCCAACGAUCGAUUCUUUCCUGUUUGGUCGCCGAGAAUCGAAGCAAACUUCCAACCAGCCCAGAGAGCAAUCUUUCACCACAGGCACCAGCGGCGGCUACCUCGCUCACAUUCUCCACACCCAACAACACCUCCAUCCUUCGUCAACUAUCUCCAUCAGUCGCGGCCGCAAUGCCGACGUCGCAGACUAUACCCUGCUCUCCUCCACCGGUGAACCUCUCUUCAAGGCUGCGCGCUAUUAUGGCUUCCGCAACAUCCAAAACCUAGUCCGGCGCCUCAAACCCGCCAAGCCAUCCCGCAUGCCUGGAGCAUCGCGGAGACCUGUGGCUAAGAAACCGAGCGCUGGCGGCGGUGACAGCGAUUACGCGUACGUGGAAGUAAUGGCAUGCCCGGGCGGCUGCACCAAUGGAGGCGGGCAGGUAAAAGUGGGAGAUGUUGCAACCUUGCGCCAAGUGGGAGGGACCGGAGUAGAGAAUGGCAGCAUGGAGCAGGAAGUACUGCCGGCGCAGCGGGAGUGGUUGGGGCUAGUCGACGAGGCGUACUGGAGUGCUGACUCUGACGCCGACAGCGAAGACGAGCAAGUCGACGAAGAUGGAGAUAUCGACAUGAACGGCUCCCAACCCCACGAUAGCCCACGAGAAGCGAACAACCUCGAUGCUGACCCUGGCGAAGACGUGGUCGACGGCAUCAGCCGGCCAUACAUCAAGCGCAUCCUCCAGCAUUGGGCGAGCAUCACGAAUGUCGAGCUGGAGAAGCUGAUCUACACCACUUAUCGUGCUGUAGAGAGCGAUGUUGGCAAAGACAGCGGAGGUGGGAAGACGGAGAUGGAGAAGGUGAGCGCGCUGGCUGUUGCGCAGGGAGGGGGUUGGUGA